CCCUUGAGGCUUGAGGGACACAUCAUUAGCAUCCCUUUGUUUACUGCCCACUGCUACUCCUUCCUUCAUACACUCCACAUUCCCCCUUCUUCUUCUUCUUCUUCUUCUAUCCCCGUUUUCUCUCUCCUCCCAUUUCCCAUCUCUUUGCUUUCUCUCUAUAUAUUAUUCUUCUUUUUCUCCCACUAAUUGCCUGUCAAAUUUAUUACAAAAAAAAAAAAAAAACAAUAUUUAUUACUCCGUAUAUUUUAUUUUAUGUAUUUAAUAAAUUAAUUAAAAACUGGGCAUCAACAAUGAACCAAAGGUCUUCUGUAGAAUCAGUUGAAGAGGGUGUUUCUCAUCAGAGCAUCAAGCGUGCUUCAUGUUCAGCUGUGCUUACUUUGGCAUACCAGAGUCUUGGAGUAGUUUAUGGAGAUCUUAGUACCUCACCUCUGUAUGUUUACAAAACCACAUUCUCUGAGAAAGUAAGCCUCCGUGAAGACGAUGAAGACAUAUAUGGGGUGCUUUCCUUCAUAUUCUGGACAUUUACACUGGUUGCUCUUUUCAAAUAUAUUUUUGUUGUUAUGUCAGCAGACGAUAAUGGCGAAGGCGGCACUUUUGCCUUGUACUCAUUGCUAUGCCGCCAUGCAAACCUUAGUGUUCUUCCUAAUGAUGACAAGUUAUCUGCAAUAUAUUCUAUUGAGGGAUCCGACCAGACAGCAAGGACUUCUGCUUUCAAGCUACCAUUUGAAAAGCAUGAAAGAUUUCAUAAAGCGUUGCUCAUCUUUGUUUUUCUGGGAACAUGUAUGACUAUUGGUGAUGGUGUACUCACACCAGCAAUAUCAGUUCUUUCAGCAGUGUCUGGAGUUCGUCUAAAAUUCACGGGACUUCAUGAAAAUUAUGUUGUUGUGGUUUCCUGCAUCAUUUUGGUAGUCCUGUUUUCUCUCCAACAUCAUGGAACACAUAGGGUUUCUUUCAUGUUUGCACCAAUUGUUUUAGCAUGGCUCCUUUGUAUCAGCAGCAUCGGUGUUUAUAAUAUUAUAAGGUGGAAUCCAGGCGUUGUUAAUGCACUGUCUCCCGUUUAUAUGUUCAAGCUGCUUAGACACACAGGCAUGGCAGGAUGGGUGUCCUUAGGAGGGGUUGUUCUCUCUAUUACAGGUGUGGAGACCAUGUUUGCUGAUUUGGGCCAUUUUUCAGCUUGUUCAAUUAAGAUAGCAUUUACUUUUCUGGUUUACCCUUGUUUGGUUUUGGCUUAUAUGGGUGAGGCUGCCUUCCUGUCUCGUCAUCAUGAAGACAUUCAGAGGAGCUUCUACAAAGCUAUUCCAGAACCAGUAUUCUGGCCGGUUUUCGUAGUGGCUACAUUUGCGGCGGUAGUAGGAAGCCAAGCUGUAAUAACAGCAACGUUCUCAAUCAUAAGCCAGUGUUGCGCUUUGAACUGCUUUCCUCGAGUAAAAAUUGUUCAUACUUCAAGUGAAAUAUAUGGACAGAUCUACAUUCCAGAGGUGAAUUGGAUGCUGAUGUGCCUAUGUCUAGCUGUAACAAUUGGGUUGAGAGAUACAAAUAUGAUAGGUCAUGCGUACGGUCUAGCAGUUACAACGGUGAUGUUGGUGACUACAUGCUUGAUGGCAUUGGUUAUGGUUGUUGUAUGGAGAAAGAGGAUAAUAACUGCAGUAUCAUUCUUACUGUUAUUUGGAUCAAUAGAAGUCCUUUAUUUCUCAGCUUGCCUAUUCAAGGUUCCUGAGAGUGGUUGGAUUCCUCUUGCUUUAUCUUCAAUCCUAAUGGUGGUAAUGUAUGUAUGGAACUAUGGAACAUUAAAGAAACACAGAUUCGACAUGGAGAACAAGGUUUCUGUAGACCAGCUAGUAAGUUUAGGACCUAGUUUGGGCAUGGUUCGGGUGCCAGGGAUUGGUUUACUAUGCACCAACUUAGGUACAGGAGUACCAGCUGUGUUUGGACAUUUUGUUACAAAUCUACCAGCAUUUCACCAGAUCCUGGUUAUCGUGUGUGUUAAAUCUGUACACAUACCCUAUGUUGCAGAAGAGGAAAGAUUUCUUCUAGGGAGGGUUGGCCCAAAAGAGUAUGGUAUGUUCCGCUGUGUUGUUCAGUUUGGUUACAAGGAUUUGCUACAGGAGAACUACGAUUUUGAGAACAGAGUGGUAUCUGAGCUCAUAAAUUUUGUAGAAACAGAAGAAGAACGUGACACCGUCAAUGGUAUUAUGGAACAAGCUAAUACAUCAACACAAAUGGUAGAAUACCAGGACCAUGUCAAGUUAUUGGAUUUCAGCCUCGAUAACUUGGAAAAUGUUAGUCUUAGAGACGAGUCAAUCAAAAUCUUAGGAGCAAGGGAAUCAGGUGUAGCCUACAUUUUCAGUCAUUCGUAUGCAAAAGCCAAGAAAUCAUCUUCCAUCUUGAACAAAUUUGCUAUCAAUAUCUUGUAUGCUUUCCUAAGCAACAACUGUAGGGGACCAGAUGUUGCCCUAAAUGUGCCUCAUACUUCUCUGCUUAAAGUUGGUAUGGUAUACUAUGUUUAAACCCAGACCAACUCAUUUGUAAAUAUGAUAGAAACUUGGUAGUACCCUAAUCCAAAUACGAGUAUUAUUUACGCUUA